AUGUCAGACUUGCCAAAGUAUGAUGGGGCAAGAGACCUGCUGGAACAUCUGGCCGCAUUCGAUAUGGUAAUGAACUUUUAUAGGCAAUCGGGCCUAAUUAACGCUAAACUAUUUGUCACAACUUUGACAGGUAAAGCCCAGGUGUGGUUCACUAACCUACCACCCGGAAGCAUCGAAUCACAUGAACAAUUGGUACAGAAAUUUUCCUUCCAUUUCGCCAGUAAGAGGAAACAGAAACGAUCGACGACGCACUUGUUCACCAUAAGACAGCAAGACAAUGAGACGUUGAAGAGUUUCAUGGGAAGAUUCAACAAUGAAACACUUGAGGUACUUGACUUAAGAAUUGACAUGAUGGUCAGCAUCUUAGUACACGGCUUGAAGAAGGGUGCAUUCGUGUCUGCCUUAGCCAGAGAACCCCCGUCAGAUGUAGAACAGCUUAUGAGUCUAGCGCAAAAAUAUAUUGACGAGGAGGAAAUGAAUGCCAUUAAAGACGGCGAGUGGAGGAUUGGCAAUGAGCAUGGAAGAGAUCGAGGUCGUUAUAACAAGGAUGAGGACAGGCAAGCUAAGCAUUAA